AUGAAAGGUGUCGUGGCGGUUAAUCCGAUGCUAGAUGAGAUCGCCUCAUGGGCGAAGAAGUACACUAUUCGACCACCUAAUCGAGAAUUUGGCAGUUGGGAUCUGAAGUUGAUAUUUCGACCCAGUCAGAUCAAAUUUGAUGCUAAGCGUACGGAGAAAGAUUCGCUAGAGAUUGUGAAGUACUCAGCUCCUGUCCCAGUUUCUUUGAACAAACCAUUCAUCUGCAUUCUGGAUCAG